AGCACGGGAGAAGCGAGCGCCUACGCACCUGCAUUUCCAUCACAACUUUUUCCAUCGCCUCAGCAAUAAAAAAAGUCCACUCUAAUUUUCCCCAUUCUGACUUCAGACAAGUACCCAAUUCAAUCAGAAAAUCGACGAAUCUCCCACAUACAAACAUCGUCAACGAUGGCAGAUGAAGAAGACCAUCAAGAAACAGAGCUCAGCGAUAAUCAGAAAAUCGACAUUGCCAAAUGGUUUCUCCUCAAUUCUCCCCCCGGUGAAAUCCAAUACGUCGCCAAAGAUCUAAGAUCGGUUUUAAGGGAUGACAAUGCGUAUCAAAUGGCGGCUUCAGAGGCAUUCCCCUUUUACAACAAAACGCAUAUUAUUUCUCUCCAAUUCCCAGAUCGAAGUGGCGAUGUGCUGGUUUCCUCGUUUAGCGAGAUCAGUGAGGAUGAAUAUCUUGAUCCUAGGACUGCACAAGUUGGUAAAAUUGACCAUGUGAAACAAAUCUGUACAGAUAUAAGACCAGCUAAAGAUGAGGAACUUCCAACCCCCUACAUAGAAGAGUACCGAUGUGCACUGGAUGCAGAAGUGUGUAAGUACGUUGCAGAAGCUUACCCAAAAGGUGUCUGCUCGGUUUACUGUAUCAGUGGAAAAGAUGUGGAAGAACCUGGAUCUGAUUUUGAACUUGUCGUCUUGAUUACAGCUACUCGACUGAGCCCUCAAAACUUUUGUAAUGGAAGUUGGCGCUCAAUAUGGAACAUUGAGUUCAUGGAUGAAUUACAAACUGUGGAAGUAAGAGGAAAAAUGCAGGUGGGUGCUCACUAUUUUGAAGAAGGGAAUGUCCAGCUAGAGGCACAACAUGAAUGCAAGGAUUCAACUAUGUUCCAGUCACCUGACGAUUCUUCUUUUUCAUUGGCCAACAUUAUUCGCCACCAUGAGACGGAGUAUAUGAGUUCUCUUGAGACAUCUUAUUCCAAUUUGCCAGAUUCCACAUUUAAGGAUCUGCGUAGGAAGCUUCCAGUUACGCGGACAUUAUUCCCAUGGCACAACACCAUGCAGUUUAGCCUGACAAGAGAUAUCACAAAGGAGCUCGGAAUCGAAAAGUAGAUUGCAUCGAGUUUUAGUUGCAUGGCAUGUUACGUUUGCUUUUGAUUUUUCGAUCAACUGUGUCUGUUGCUAUUAUGUCUUUUUCAGAGUGUGACGUUUGCUUGCUAUUCAUUCAAUACUUAUCCGUUUCAGUACUUGUCCUGUCCUGUCCUUCCACAAAUCAAUUUAGUAAAAGAACAUAUUUUCAUA